AUGGACCUGCCUCGCUUCGUCCACAAGAAGCGACAGCUGUCCAAGACGACCAUCGCGUGCGACAGGUGUAAGAUGCAGAAGCUGCGGUGCGACGAGCAGGUCCCUUGCACUCGCUGCCUCAAGCGCGGGAGGCACGAGGAGUGCACGCGCAGGGGCGAGUUUGUGACCUGCGUCGUGCCGACUUGGGGCAGCUCCGCGCUUCCGAGCAUGUCAAAGUCAGCGAUCCGGCUGAACUCCAAGGCGCCCGACGGGAACGUGCUCGUCAAGGGCAAGAGCAUGUGCAAGGAGUGCGGGAAGGGGGUCACGUGCUUCCACAAGCUGCUGUGCGGGAGCUGCCUGCUGUCGGCAGAGCAGUGCAAGCUGUGCGAGGAGGAGCUGGAGAAAGCAGCAAUGGAGCACCUUCUGGACGUGGGGGAGAUUAAGACCCCCGUAAAGCCAUCCGACGUGCCCCUAACCCUCACCAGCGACGCGCCGCAGCUGAAGGAGCGGGCUGAUACCGAGCUGCUGGGCGGAGAGGAGGGGAUCCACGAGGUUGACCUGCUGGCAACUGACCCGCAAGACCUGCUCGUCUCGGGCUUCUUGACCGACUACGACCUGGGCUCGUUCACGGGGGUCGACCGACUCCAGUUCUUCAACGAGGACUGGCUGCUGCAGGAGUUCAGCUCGGGUUGA